UAAAAUGGCUUGGAGUUUGUUUUUGCCGAUCAAUUAAAUUUUUAUUAAUUUUAAUGGAAUUAUUUCGUCAAAAACCUAGCAAAAAUACUUUCAAAAUAUAAUUAAGUGUGCACUGUAAAUAAUAAAUAUAAAAUAUUGUGAAUUAAUCGCCAGUUUAGUUAUUUAAAUUGAAAUCAAAAAUUUGGUUUGACGCAGAAGCUUUGAUUGUAUGAAAAAGUAGCGGGCGCUUCACCUUUAUUGUCUCCGAUAUUAUUUAAGAGCAUUUUUUGGCGACUAUAUAAUAUAUUGUGUUUGUUAAUGUAUCAAUAAAAUAAAAGUAAAAACAAAUAUGGAUGAAGCGAAUGAACAAAAUUUAACUAGUAUAGCUUCUGACAAAAACCAACAUCAAGAUGAAGAUAAAGAAAAGUCGGAUGCGAACAAGAGUGAACUAGAAUAUGAAGAAAUUUCAAAUACAUCAGAAAGUAAUAAAAAUGAGGAAGAAGAAAAUCGCGAUGAAGGAGAAGAGGAAGAAGAAAGCGGAAAUGUUGGAGAAAACGAAGAAGGAGAAACUGGUAAUGUUAGAGAAAAUGAAGAUGAAGGAAUUACUAAUGUUAGAGAAAAUGAUGAAGAAGAAAAUGACAAUGGUGGAGAAAACGAUGAAGAAGAAACGGAUAAUAUUGGGGAAAAUUAUGAAGGUAAAGAAAAUAUACAUGAGGAAGUUGAAAGCCAGGAUAAUGAAAGUAAGAGGGACAACGAGGAGGUUGAUACAAGUCUGCAUUUAGAAAAAGAUGAUAAUUAUAAUUUAGAGAAGGAUGCAACUGAAGGAAACGAUGGAAAUACUGACGAACAGGAUGAAGAAAAUAAAGACAAUGAAAAUUCAAUUGCGAGUGAUCACGAUUCUCAAGAAGAGAAUGAGAAGGAACAAGCAGAUGUAGAGAAUGAAAAUGAUGAAAAUUUAACAAAAAAUGAUCAGGAAAAUAGUAGGCCAGAUAUAGAAGAAGUUGAUGCUGAAAUUUCACUUAGUAAAACUAAUCAAGAAGAUGAAGAAGACGUAUUAUCAGAUGAUCGUACUCAAACUACCGAAAAAGUCAAAUCAAAUGAACAAUCUCAAAUGGAUGUAGACUCUGAAGAACCGGCGGCUAGCAGAGUUGAAAGAAAUGAUGAUAUUUUUGACGAAACUUCAAAAGAAAAUGAAGGACAAGAUAUUGAAAUGACUGACAUUUCGCAAAAAGAAAAGCCAAAAGAAAAAGACAAAUUCGAUGAAUUAUUUGAGAGUACAAGGAAAUCAACCAAUGUUCAAUCAAUGGAUACUGAAGAAUAUGAGAAAGAUAAUGAAUCGCAACAAGAAUCUGAAGCAGAACCGUUAGCUGAAAGCCGCGACGAGCCGGAUACUACACUUCAAACUGAGUCUGCGGAAAAUGCAGAAAACGAAAGCGAAAUAACCGAAACUCAAACUGAAAAUGUGCAAGAAGAAGAACAGGGAGAGUCAGCUGACGUUUGUUUAAUCCCAGAUAAUGAUGAAGAGUUAACCGGUGCAGAAAAGGAACAAGCAAUAUUGGCAAGACAAAAUGCCGAAAAAGAGGACGCAGAAAAGGAAGAAGCGGAAAGUGAAGCAACCCGAACUACUACUGAACAUGGUAAAGAAACGCAAGAGCCAAAUGAACUACAAACUAUUGACGACACAGUCCUUGAACUCGAUGUGAGAAACGACCAAGAAGGUCAAGCUGAAAUAUCUUUACCUACGAAAAUCGCUAUAACAUCAAUAAUUCAUACUGAUGAAACAUGUGUGAAAUGCAAUGAAAAAAGAAGUUGUGAAUUUCGAUAUAAAUCUGACGAAAAUGAGCCAUAUGUAUAUAUUUGCAGCCAAGAGUGUGGUGAUGCUUUUAUCGAUAAAGAAAGCGACAAAUAUUUUAUAAGAAAGCGCAAAUUUAUUGUAGAAGAUUUAAUUGAACCCAAAACGGAAGCUUGUAUUUUAUGCAAAGAAGUUAAGGAAUGUAAAUACACUUUUAAGCAAGAUGAGGAUUCAAUAUAUAUAUGUGGUGAUGACUGCUAUAAUCUUUUGUCCAAAGAAGAACCUGAUAAAUUAAAAUUAAAGAGAAACUCAAUUCGUGUUAAAAAUUUAAGCUCCGAAAUCACGCAGGAUCAGGCAACGAAAUCAAGUACACCGGAACUGAAAAUUAUAGCCAGAACGGCACAUGAAGCUGAAUUGGCAAAGUUAGAUAGGGAUGCCAGUUUUGAACGUAGAUGUUCAAAUUGCUUGAUGUCAUUACAUGUGUCAGCAGAAAAUCUUAUAUGGGAAACAAUGGAUUUUUGUAGUCAACUUUGUCUGAGUAAAUACCAAUACUCUAUUGGUGAAAAAUGCCGAACAUGUACGCGUUCGGUUUCUCAAGCAAGUCUUGGAAAAUAUUGCGUUCGUUUUGGAUUUGAAAUUUGUCAAUUUUGCUGUGCAGCUUGUUUAGAUAAAUAUAAAAAAAGUUUAAAAAAUUGCUCAUAUUGUCAAAAAGAUAUUUCAAAGACCAAUGAAGGAUUUUUAGCUCCUGUUGGAGACAAUGAACAAUUUAAGGAUUUUUGUAGCCAGCAUUGUAUGAAAAAAUAUGACACCUCAAUGAAUCCAAAAAGAAAAACAAAAAUUGAGCAAUGUUCUGUAUGUAAUAACAAAAAAAUGGUACAAGUAGAACUAAUGUUGGAUGGACGUGGUAUAAAUUUUUGUUCCAGUCCUUGCUUUUCUGCCUUUAAAUUUGUAAAUAAUAUAAUACCAGAUAAAUGUGGUUUAUGUUCAAAGCAUUUUGAACGUAAAUCAAUUGAACAUUUCACAAUUCAUAAUGGAAAUACUGCACAAAUAUUUUGUGGAAAAAUUUGUAUGAAUAUGUUCAUAACUCAAAAUAGGAAAAUUGUAUUUUGUCAAUGGUGCAAAGUAAAAAAGUAUAAUUUUGACAUGAUCGAAAAACAAUCCAACAAUACUAACGAAAAACUAAUGUUUUGUUCACUAAAUUGUCUAGUUUUUUAUGGAGUUUCUUUAAAUAGAAUAGCAAAACAGAAAGUGAAAUGUGAUUAUUGUUUAUCAGAAAAGUCACCACAAUAUCAUCUGACAAUGUCUGAUUCAACUAUGAGAAAUUUUUGUACUUAUCAAUGUGUCAUGCAAUUUCAAAGUAGAUUUUCUUCGACACCACUUACACUAGAUAGUGCAACUAAUCGUCAGAGCAGUAUAAGCGAUUUGGAAGAAAAUAGUAGAGGAGAUUUACCUGUUCCAACUGGUCUACCAAAAAGGAUCAAAUCAAACGUAAGUUCUGUGCAAUCUUUGCAAGUUCCCCUAACAGCUACGCAACCAACAAUACCUAUUAUUGCAAAUAUUACGUCUUUGGCUUCAGAAUCUACAGCUCGUAAAAAAAAUCGGGCUCGUUCAAAAAAUAACAUUGAAAUUACAUAUCCACAAAUUACGCAAAAUCUGUCUCAACAUCGUUCAUAUGGAUCACAAAUUCAUUCAUCAAAGUCUUCGGUUAUGUAUACGGCCCCAAAACCAAAAAUACCUAAAAGAACUAUAGGAACAACGACAAAAGAGCCUGCGAAUAAAACAUUUGUUGUUGAACUACCACCAGAUCCAAAAUUAAAAUCCAAUAUGAAUACCCAAUGUGUACCGAUAACAGAAACAAUAGGAGUCACAUGCAAACCUGAAUCUUGUGAUUCUGAAAUUCAAACUGAUAGCGAUUUAAGGUCGAAAAAAUUGAUUCCAGUUCCUGUGCCGAUUUAUAUACCACAACCUUUACAAGGAUUUCCUUUGCCCAGGCCAAUCCCAAUUCCAUUUGCGUUUCCAAUACCAGUUCCCAUAUUUAUUCCUACAACAAAAAAUAGUGCACAAGGUAUUAUGAAGGAAAUAAAGAAACUUCAAGAUAAAAUGCCAGCUGACCCUUAUGAAGCUGAGCUUUUAAUGAUGGCCGAACUAGUAGCUAGUGAUAAAAAAAAGGAAGAAGAAUCGGAUGAAGAAGCCAACGACGUUUCUUAUAAUAAUGAUAAUUCUUAUGGAGAGGAUGUUCUUCAAAUGGCUUUAAAAAUGGCAACAGAAUACGAUGAACCGCAAUCGGAUGAUUUAAGUUCCGCCAUAAAUAACGACAAUUCCAAUUUAAUGUACCAUCAAAUGCAAAUAAAUCAAAGAACAAACCGUGGCAAAAAAAGAAUAAGUCCAACAAAUAAUAUACCGAGAGAAAAUAAUGUUCAACCAACAAUUAAAAAACGUCGUCCCUCGGAAGACCCGGUUGUGGUUACGCCUAGUCAAACUGCCCCAACUGAAAAACCAGACGCAAAUAUGUGUCUAAAAUACACAUUUGGUGUUAACGCUUGGAAACAAUGGGUUAUGACAAAAAAUGCAGAAAUAGAAAAGAGUACAAUAAGAAGGAAACCAUUCAAAUCAGAGUUGCUGCAAAUGACGGCUGAUGAAUUAAGUUAUUCGCUUUGUUUGUUUGUAAAAGAAGUGCGAAAACCUAACGGGACAGAAUAUGCUCCAGAUACUAUUUACUAUUUAGUUUUAGGAAUCCAGCAAUAUUUAUACGAAAAUGGAAGAAUAGAUAAUAUUUUCACCGAUCCAUAUUAUGAAAGAUUUACAGAUUGUUUAGAUGAAGUUGCGAAAAAAUUUUCUAUAUUGUAUAAUGAUUCUCAAUAUAUUGUUACACGUGUAGAAGAAGAACAUUUAUGGGAAUGCAAACAAUUAGGAGCUCAUUCACCUCAUGUUUUAUUGAGUACUUUGAUGUUUUUCAAUACCAAACAUUUCAAUUUAACGACUGUAGAAGAACAUAUGCAAUUGUCAUUUUCUCAUAUUAUGAAACACUGGAAAAGAAAUCCGCAAGGAGCAAAACAACCUGGUUCAAGAAAUGUCCUUUUGAGAUUUUACCCACCUAACACAGGUCAAGCAGAUAACAAAAAGAAAAAAGUUUAUGAGCAACAAGAAAACGAAGCCAAUCCUUUAAGAUGUCCAGUCCGAUUAUAUGAAUUUUAUUUGUCAAAAUGCCCCGAAAGUGUUAAAACCAGAAACGAUGUUUUUUACUUACAACCCGAACGUUCAUGUGUACCAGAUUCACCUGUUUGGUAUUCAACACAACCACUCAGUCAAGAUAGUUUACAGAAAAUGCUACAUCGCGUCAAAAUGGUUAAAGAAAUAAAUGUUGCGCUAUUAACAAUAUAAGAUAAAUUCAAAUUAAUUUUAAGCAUUAAAGAAGUUUAUUAUCGUACAAAAAUGGAAUACUAAAUACAACAUGAAAAAAAACAAAAAAAAAAAUAAUAUUUUUCUAUAUAUAUUAUAUUUUAAGAAUAUGUAUAUGUAUGUAAAAUUGAAUUCCGGGAAUGUAAUCUAAAUUAAAUGUUCUGAUUUGCAAAAAUCACGGCAAGCCAUGUUGUAAUUUAAUUUGUAUGCUUGCAAUGUUUAGGCAUAUAUUUCAUAUUCAUAAAAGAUCGGAACCAUAAUUAAACAAUAUGUGUAUGCGUGUAUAUCCAUAUAUAUAUAUAUAUAAUAUUCAUAGCCAUAUAUAUGUAUAUAUAUUCAUAGAGAUAAAUGCAGAUAUAUUAACUUGUUUAGGUUAUGAUAGUGAUUGUUUAAAAAUAUUAAAAUGAAAUUAUUUAAAAAAUAAUACUUCAAUUGAAAUUUUAUGUAAGUAACCCGUACGCAUACCUAAAAAAUUAAUGAAAAUUUUUUAAAUUUGCAUAGGUAUUUCCAAUUUAAUUUAUUCAAAAGUUUAAUCCUGACAUUUGUAGUAAAAGUAAAAUUCCUUGGGAUGUGUCUUAAAAAUUUUAAAAAAUUGCACAUGUAUACGGGAUGAAUACUUGUACAUAAUUGCUUAAUUUUCUUAACCAUAAUAUUUUUUUCUAUUUGCUGAAACUUAUUUUUUUGACUAUAUCGAGUAUGAUAUCGAUUUUUCGUUCUGUACCAUUAUAAUAUAUUAAAACUUAUAAUGAAAAGAUUUUUUCUUUUUACUGCAUUGAGGAAUAUGUCGAUAAAUUGCAAUUUGUAAUGAGUUUAUUUUAAUGUAAUAAAAUAUAAAAAAUUUAUUUGUUUCUAGCAGAAAGUUUACUAAAUAAUUUAUUAUGUUGAGAUUUUCUAUAUUUUUUGGAAUUUCAGGAAUUAAUAUACAUAACUAGAUUCUAUCUAACUUCUAUUUUAUAAGCUAAUAAAUAAUAUAAUAUAAAAAUCUUUUUUAAUUUCCAUGUAAUGACAUAAAUCACAUUACCGGAAAAG